AUGAAGAGUUGUAUUUCACUUCGUCCACUUGCGAAAGCAUCUACACCUAUCAAUAGGCUGUAUAAGUGCAGGCGACCGGCUGUAUGCUCAUCACGACGUCGAAACUACUCUACGCAUCCACCGAAUGCGCGACUCAACCUACCACCUGACUACUCGACAACGCCACUAUUAGCACACAGCUCGCAGGCAGCACUUUCUAACCCAGAAUUACCUCCUGAAGCUAGAAAUGGUACGGCGAAACGUAUGAACUUAUUCCAAGCCAUAAACGAUGCCCUAUCCAUAGCGCUUGCCGAGGAUGAGAACGUUCUGGUAUUUGGCGAAGAUGUAUCCUUUGGUGGCGUAUUCCGCUGCACGAUGAAGCUUGCCGAGAAUUUUGGAGGAGCUCGCGUCUUCAAUACACCUCUGACAGAGCAAGGUAUCAUGGGAUUUGGCAUUGGGUUAGCUGCCGAGGGUAUGCGACCCGUAGCGGAAAUCCAGUUCGCAGACUACGUCUACCCUGCGUUCGACCAAUUAGUAAAUGAGGCCGCGAAAUACAGAUACCGCGAAGGAGGGACCGGAAGAAGUGCGGGCGGCCUGACGGUGCGGAUGCCGUGCGGAGGCGUCGGUCACGGAGCACUGUACCAUUCACAGUCACCCGAGAGCCUUUUCACUCAUAUUCCUGGUUUAAGAGUGAUAAUGCCGAGAUCUCCGCUACAAGCCAAGGGACUAUUGCUUUCUGCUAUUAGGAGUAAUGACCCUUGUGUUUUCCUGGAACCCAAAAUCCUGUACCGAGCGGCUGUCGAACAAGUGCCUACAAAUCCAUAUACCUUGCCCCUCUCCAAGGCAGAGAUACUUAAGGAGGGCAAGGACGUUACUAUUAUCUCAUACGGACAGCCGCUAUACACUUGUAGUGCUGCGAUUCAAAAAGCAGAGGAAGACUUAGGAAUUUCGAUAGAACUCAUUGACCUUCGAACCGUAUAUCCUUGGGACAAAGAGUGCGUCUUCGAGAGCGUACGGAAGACGGGGAGAUGUAUGGUGGUGCACGAAUCCAUGGUAAACGCAGGAAUAGGGGCCGAAGUGGCCGCGGCGAUCCAGGAGGACCCAGACACGUUUAUAAGACUCGAAGCUCCGGUGUCGCGAGUAGCAGGAUGGAGUAUAUUCACCCCAUUAAUGUUUGAGAAGUUCAACAUUCCCGACGUAGCUAGAAUAUAUGACGGCAUAAAGAAGCUGUUAGAAUAUUAA